AUGCACACUUCAUCUUCGGGAACAGCGACCCCCAUUGAUUUGGAAAAUGCUGAGCCAGAAGGAUAUAUACGCAAGCAUUUGACCGUGACUUUCCGGGAUCUUAAUGUCCGAGUGAACGCAUCCAAUGCAGCUCUGGGCAGUACGCUUUUGUCUGUUGUGGACCCUCGCCAGCUUUGCAACAUAUUUGCGCGCAAGCAGCAACCUAUGCGGACCAUUCUCAAAGAUGUGUCUGGUCAGGUGAAGCCGGGGGAAAUGCUUCUCGUUCUUGGCCGCCCAGGUUCGGGAUGUACAUCACUCUUGCAGAUAUUGUCUAAUCACUGGGAACAAUUCAGCGAGGUCGAAGGGGACCUCAGGUUCGGGAGCAUGGACCACAAAGCUGCGAAGCGAUUUCGUCAGCAGAUUAUGUUUAACAACGAGGAUGAUCUGCAUUUCCCCACGCUUUCUGUUAAUCGUACGUUGAAAUUCGCUCUACGCAAUAAGAUCCCCAACAAAAGACCGGCGGAGUUGGCCACUCCCGGAGACUUCAUCAUUGACAAACGCGACAACAUUCUCGAAUCUCUUGGCAUCGCCCACACAAAGAAAACGAGAGUUGGCAAUGAAUACAUUCGUGGUGUAUCUGGCGGCGAGCGGAAACGAGUCUCACUAGCGGAGGUGAUGGCGGGACAGAGUCCCGUUCAAAUGUGGGAUAACCCGACGCGUGGUCUUGACUCUAAGGCGGCGCUGGAGUUCGCGCGGCUUUUGCGAAAAGAGGCAGACGAGAAUCGAAAGACCAUCGUCACGACAACAUACCAAGCUGGGAAUGGCGUUUUUGAUACCUUUGACAAAGUCUUGGUGCUGGCUGAAGGCCGGGUUAUUUACUAUGGCCCACGACUGUUAGCAAAGGACUAUUUUGAGUCUCUGGGCUUCGUGUGUCCCAAAGGCGCGAACGUAGCGGACUAUCUCACAUCUGUCACUGUGCUGACGGAGAGGAUGGUCCGUUCUGGCUGGGAAGAUCGGGUUCCCAAUACCGCAGAGGAUUUCGAGUCAAGAUAUCGGGAGAGUGAUAUCUACCAUGGACAAAUGGGCUCUAUCUACCCUCCGGAGAAGCUGAGUCAUGAGACCGAUGACAUCGAUCUUGCUGUUAGAAGCGAACAGCGGAAGCAGCACUUCCCCCGCAAGCGAGGUGUCUACACAGCAGGACUGUGGGAUCAAGUUCGCUCUUGCACAUUGCGACAAUUUCAAAUUAUGUGGGGUGACAAAUUCUCCCUCUUCGUCAGGAUUUUCUCCGCCAUCAUCCAAGCAUUGGUUUGCGGGUCUCUCUUCUAUAAUCUACCUAACGACAGUGGUUCUAUUUUCACAAGACCCGGUGUCCUUUUCUUUCCUGUCAUCUACUUUCUCUUGGAGUCAAUGUCGGAAACCACAGCCUCUUUCAUGGGCCGUCCAAUUCUCUCUCGCCAGAAACGAUUCGGAUUUUAUCGCCCAACGGCCUUUUGCAUCGCAAACGCCAUAACCGAUGUUCCAGUUGUGACGAUCCAAGUUACUUGUUUCUCGCUGGUGCUGUACUUCAUGGCAGCUUUGCAAAUGGACGCAGGUCGGUUCUUCACCUACUGGAUAAUUGUCAUUAGCCAGACUCUCUGUUUCGUUCAGCUUUUUCGAUCCGUGGGCGCUCUUUGCUCGAGAUUUGGGGUUGCCGCUGAGCUUUGCGGACUUUUAUCUACGGUUUUCUUCGUCUACGGAGGCUACCUCGUCCCUUUUUAUAAAAUGCGAGUUUGGUUCCGCUGGAUUUUUUACCUAAAUCCUGGCGCAUAUGCGUUCGAGGCCUUGAUGGCCAACGAAUUUGUCGGCAGAGAACUUGUGUGCAAAGAGCCAUACUACAUCCCAUAUGGUCCCGGGUAUCCAGAUGGACCAUCUCCUCAUCGAGCUUGCUCGGUAGCUGGGAGCAACGCGCAAGGCAUAAUUGAUGGCGCCGCAUACAUUCGUGAACAAUACAAUUUCUCCCAAGGUCAUAUAUGGCGGAGCUUUGGCAUUAUUCUCGGUUUUUGGUUCUUCUUUAUAGUGCUGACCUCCUUGGGCUUUGAAAUUAAGAAAGGCCAGAGCGGCUCUUCGAUGCUCCUAUACAAGCGUGGAAGCGAAACGAAUGGGAGGCUUCCUGUCAAGACAGAAAAAGCGGCGAAUGAUUCCCAUGAAGCUGCUACUUCAAGUGCACCAAAGCAAUCGACAUUCACCUGGCAUGACCUCGACUAUCACGUGGCCUUUAACGGGGAAAGAAAACAGCUCUUGAAUAAGGUUUUCGGUUUCGUGAAACCUGGAAAUCUUGUUGCGCUGAUGGGAGCCUCUGGUGCGGGUAAAACAACUCUACUUGACGUUCUUGCCCAGCGAAAAGACUCUGGCGAAGUGCAUGGUUCUAUCCUCAUUGACGGUCGACCUCAAGGCAUCAGCUUCCAGAGAACAACUGGAUAUUGUGAACAAUUAGACGUGCACGAGCCUACAGCAACUGUUCGGGAAGCUCUGGUUUUCUCGGCCCUUCUACGACAACCUGCCUCUGCUUCUCGCGAGGAAAAGCUUGCAUAUGUUAAUCACAUCAUCGAUCUGUUGGAACUUGGAGACAUUGAAAACGCGCUCAUUGGAGUGCCUGGGGCGGGGUUGAGCAUCGAACAACGGAAGCGGGUGACUUUGGGCGUGGAACUUGUAGCUAAGCCCUCUCUGCUCUUUUUGGAUGAGCCCACUUCUGGUCUUGACGGACAAAGCGCCUUCAAUAUCAUACGAUUUCUCCGGAAAUUAGUGGAUGGCGGUCAGGCCGUGCUGUGCACAAUCCAUCAACCCUCUGCGGUUCUUUUUGACGCUUUCGACGGUCUCUUGCUUCUUGCGAGAGGUGGAAAAAUGACAUACUUUGGAGAGACUGGCAAUGAAUCCAGCAAGAUUCUCGAUUACUUUGCUCGUAAUGGUGCACCAUGUCCCGCCGGUGCCAACCCAGCCGAGUUUAUCAUCGACGUUGUUCAAGGCGGCAACCAGCCUGAGAAGACCGACUGGGUGGAGACCUGGAAUCAAUCCCAGGAACGGAAAAUGGCCCUCGCCGAACUUGAGGCCCUUAACAAAGCUGGACUGAAGGACUCCUCUUACGUGGAAGAUACUGCACCAUUUGCCACGAGUCAUUGGUUCCAGUUCAAGAUGACUACCACCCGUCUCAGCCUCAAGAUCUGGCGAUCUCCGGACUACAUGUGGAACAAGCUGAUUCUCCAUAUUUUUGCUGCCUUGUUCAGUGGCUUCACGUUUUGGAAACUUGGCGACGGCACAUUUUCCCUUCAACUGCGACUGUUUGCCGUUUUCAAUUUCAUUUUCGUUGCGCCAGGUUGUAUCAAUCAGAUGCAGCCAUUCUUCUUGGCGAACAGAGACAUUUUCGAAACGCGCGAGAAGAAAUCCAAAACUUAUCACUGGAUCGCAUUUAUCGGUGCUCAAACAGUGGCUGAAAUCCCCUACCUGAUUGUCUGUGCCACAUUGUAUUUUGUCUGCUUCUACUUCACAGCUGGCUUGCCUAUCAAAGCCAGUAUAUCUGGCCACUUCUAUCUGCAGAUGAUCUUCUACGAAUUUCUGUACACCUCCAUCGGCCAGGCCAUUGCAGCAUAUGCCCCGAACGAAUACUUCGCAGCUGUUAUGAACCCUGUUCUACUCGGAGCAGGAUUGGUUAGCUUCUGCGGCGUGGUGGUUCCGUACAGUCAAAUGCAGCCAUUUUGGCGUUACUGGAUGUACUAUCUGGACCCCUUCACCUACCUUGUUGGUGGUCUGCUCGGCGAGAUUCUGUGGGAUGUCAAAGUUGAAUGCGAACCUUCAGAAUACGUCACUUUCAGCGCGCCCUCCGGUCAAACAUGUGGCGAGUAUAUGGCAGACUUCCUAUCCUCCCAGCCAGGCUACGUUCUCGACUCAAAUUCCAGCACUUGCUCGUUCUGUCAGUACGCUACCGGUGCGGAAUAUGCGCAAACCUUCAAUCUACAGGCAAGGUAUUAUUCGUGGAGAGAUACUGCAAUCACUGCGCUAUUUUGUAUUUCUUCAUAUGCUCUUGUCUUCCUCAUGAUGAAGCUACGCAGCAAGAAAACUAAAAGCGCACGGUCGGAAUAG